CUCCUUUUCACUCUCCUCCUCUUUCACUUUCUUCACUUUUCACACUUUUUCACACCAAAAAUGGCAGAAAUCAAGCCCGAAGAUCUCAAAUCAGCGCCCUGGCACUACCAAUCCUCAAGGCCCAUAUUCGACGUCUUAAUCGGUCAAGACACCGCCCUUCCCCUCCUCGAAGCAAGCUCCACAGGAAACCUCAGUGUUGUCCAAAACUUUCUCCAAGAUUCUCCCUCGAUUGCACUGGAAUCUCCUCAUCGCAUUUACAUGGAAGAUCAUCCUCCUGCAGCCUCCUCAGCCUCAGCCCAAACCCAAACGGACAAUAUCACACGACAAGUCCACGCGCGAAAAAUCUCCAAUAUCAAUCGAGCGAUUUAUCUCGCAGCAGAAAAAGGUCAUGUAGAAAUCAUUUCGACGUUGCUGGAAUUUGCUUCGAGGAACAAUUUACCUUUUGUGGAAAUUCUGGAUCGGGAAGGCGUCAAAGCAGUUUUAGUGUUACAAAAUGGUCAUGCUGCUGCUGCAAUUCUGGAUUUACUCGCUACAAAAGUCGAUCCAUCUGUAGUUUCUCACAACGAUAUCCAUCCGACUCUCCGCCCGAUUGAUUUCGCAAUCAAAUCUUCCAAUGAAGAACUCGUGAAGGUGAUUCUUCGCCACGGAGGAGGCGGUCGAGCCGAAGAAGAAGGAGGAAGAGGAAUAUCACCACGCUGGAGUUACUCUAGUCUUCCCUACAAAACAGCCUCAUCUCGACUCUGCGAAGCCGCGAGAAGAAGUCCACAAAUCACAAAACUUCUCAUCGAAGAGGGGAAUUAUCCCGUCACAGGAUCUGGAGCAUUGCAAGCUGCGGCGAGAAGUGGAGGUUUGGAGACUAUACGUCUUUUGGUGGAAGAAUAUCAAGCAGAUGUGAAUGAGGUCCUUUCUGCAGAGACGUUGCAUGUUGCGAGGCAGGAUGUGGCGUUGUAUGCGAGUUGGACUCCGAUGCAUUUUGCUGCGAGUUUGGGCAAGGAGGAGGCUAUGAGGUUGUUGGAGGGAUAUGGAGCGAGAGGAGGGGAUGUGAGGGAUGUCCAUGGGAAGACGCCGUGGCAGGUGUUGGAGGAGUGGAGGGGGAAGUUUGGGGGCAAGUAGGGAAGCUUUUAUGGGAAGCCUUUUUUUGUGUCUUGAGCGAGAGUUUGAUAGCAAUGGAAUCAGCUCCUCUUGGCGCUUACUUAUUUACUGGGAAGUAGAGAGUAGAGCAGCCUUGAAGCUUUUAACUGACGAAUGUGAUCUACUUCCUCUCUCUCUCUCU